UUAUUAUUAUUUUUAUUUUAUUGUUACCUAUCCUAUUCCGCGGUUUAUUCUUUGCAGUUGAUAAUUCUCUUAUUGUACUAUCCGAAAGUGGAAGUAAUUAACUUUGGAGUUCAUACUUUUGAAUAGCUCACCCACAGUUUCAAUUGUCUUCGUUUGAUAACAAGUCGUCCAGCUUAAGUAUUGAUAUUUUAAAAUUUCCCUAUAUUGAAAUUUCGGCCGAUUACUAUUUAAGAACGGGUCUUAGUAAUCAAAAAAGAAAAAACUGAAAAAUAGUACCACCAAAUUCGUAACCAUUACAAAUCUGGAGCUAACUCAAUUCAACUAACCAAAUCUUUUCUACACUUGACAAAAAGGGUUUCGACACAACUAGAAAUAUCUACUCAUUCUCAGUCUAUAUUGCUUACACUUGCUUGCAAAUCACUCGAGUCUAAAAAAAGAGGGCCACAAAAAAAAAAAAACUUUUUCUUUUUCUACUAAAAAGUUGUUGCAUCCGCAUAUUCUGUACAAAGUAAAGCUGCGGGAUUAACGUUAAGAUAGAAAGUCCCUCAACUCGGAAAGUAAAAGAUUUUUUUGAGAAAUAUAUAUACCGUCAUCUACCAUCGACGUUUCCCCUUGCGUCACUGACCUACACAAGUUAGACUUUUGAAUCUAUAUUUUACUAGUCGAAAGUUUCAUUUGUGAUUUUCACAAUCAUAGAUCUGCCCAUUCUGACGCACAAUUGGCGCCAAUAUAGUGACUACUAAGAGGGGGGCACUUUAAAAAAAGAAUAUCCUCCACACACUAAAAAAAAAAAGCAGUACUUGAUCUUGUGUGUCCGUCGUUUCCACCGUAACAUGAGCAUUGACGUACCAUCCUCACCAGAAUAUGAUGACUAUAAAAGUCAUCAUCACAAGAAGAAAAGAGUGGGGAAAGCUUGUGAUUCCUGCAGAAUAAAGAAGACAAAGUGUGAUGGUAAGAAACCAUGCAACAAGUGUAUUACUGAUAACAAAAUCUGUGUCUUCUCCGAGAAAAUAAAAUCCAAGGAUAGACAACAUCCCUCAGGGUACGUUGAAUUACUUGAAACAAGAAUUGAUCUUCUUUCAAAAUCACUUGAAAAAUUGAUAAAACUUUCAACCCCACACUUGAACUUCUUGAAAGAAAUGCAAAUACUGGAAAAGACAAAUAUACCGAUUAAUUCAGUGGUAUCUUAUUUGAUCAAUAAAGAAGGUCUUUUGAGAAAUUUACCAGUAGAAUGGGAAAAUGGAGCAUUGAUUGCUGCAAAUUUGCCCGUUGAUGACAAGGGAAUUCGGACUGCUGCCAAGGAGUUUGCAGAACAUUCACAAAACAUUGAACGAUUCAGAGACCCUGCCAAUAGCCAAUUUAACGUUGAAAGCAAUACAGAAUAUGAAGAAGUACAAACCCCUAGUGUCAAACUGUCUUCGAACUCUGGUUCACUUUUCCAGCAUGUUAAGAGGGAAGGUACUGAUGAUGAAAUUGCACUUUCUCAUACUGCUGCACCUGUACCACAUCCAACUAAUGGAUUUCUUAAUUCUCGUACAAACUCAAACGAGACAAACUUGUCUAUCAAGGGUGAAGAUUCAAUUUCACACUCAUAUCUGCCAGCUGAAAUGGAACAUGAUUCCAUUCCAGAAAGGAAUGAAACUGAAAUAGAAUCUAACAAUUAUCCAUUGGAUGGGUUUUUCGCUGGUGGUUCUAUUGUUUCUUCAUCUGCAAUGUUAAAUGGCGGUACUAGUGCUGGUUCUACUGGUGGCGACAUGUUUUCUCCAAUCCCAGGAUUUGAGUCUGAACACAGAAAUGAUUCAAAUCUGGCUCUGCCUCCAACUAUUGGCACUCGUGCCCCAAGUUUUGAUACUGAUACUAAUUCCUUCUAUCAAUCACAACUGUUGGAUAUGUUUGAUAAUACUACAAACCAUAUAUGGCCAUCAAACAGUUCUGUAUCUUCGUUAACUAAUAAGUUUGAAAACCAUGGUAUUGUGUCUCCAACGGUAACAACAGCAGGUCCACAUAACAUCAUCACCGGGACUGCCUUAAGAAGCGCUUCUUCUGUUACAAGAGCACAUUCACCAAAAUUGAAGAAUAAUGGACACGUACAAAAACCACCACAUUCCCACAAUCACGUACACUCUCGUUCAAACUCAUCUAGUAACCAUACAAAUGAAUUCAAAAUCAAUAAGAUUAGUUCAGGCUCAUCAUACUCAACUCCAACUCCAGAAACUUUUGCAAGUAGCUUAGAUAGCCCUUCUGAAUACAGAGAGUUUCCAUUUGCUGCAGUUGUUGGUAACCAAGAGGGACUUCCCUCAGAAGCUUUUGGCCAACACCCAAACUAUAAUGGAUUGAGUAUAAUGGACACAGAAAAUACCGAGUCUUUCCUUAUUAAUAAUCCUUUUCUUUCCAAAUCAACGAUUUGAUGAUGUGGCAUAUAAUACUUUCUAAUGACGACCCAUCGACUAUAUAAUUUUCUUCUUGUACACUAGCUUGUUUUAAUUGAUACUUCUAGGAGAAGUAUCUCGGUUAAUUUAUAUUUUUAUAUGCUCAUGAA